AUGGCCCUGCCCGGCAUGGCCGACGACCGCUUCCAGACCAUGAGCCUGCAGAGCGCGGGCGCCUGCACGAUCGCGAACAAGGAGCGCCCGGCGUGCGCCCACGAGUCGAAUUACGUCGGAGACAUCGACGGCGCGGCGCCCGAGCUCAAGUACAUGCGCUACACGGCGCGGCGGCCGGACCUCUACGUCACCAAGGACAUCGAGAAGAGCAGCCCGAUGAAGCUGCACGCGCGCGGCCCGCAGCCGAACCCGAACGAGUGGCACAACAACCCGAUCGAGGGCUCGAAGCCGCGCGAGACGCGCUUCAAGUCGAACCGCCACACCGACCCGCUCGCGCCGGAGUACGUCCUACCGCGGUGCAAGCUCGAGAAGCCGCCGACGCCCAAAUUUAUCAGAGACGGCUACACCGUCACGGACAUCGACGGCACGGUCCCCAAGCCCCUCUACCCGCUCGCCAUGCGCGACACCUACAACGUCCACGACAUCGAGGGCGCCCAGGCGUCGUGGCGCCCGAGACACGAGCGCGCGCGCCGCGAGGCGCCGCCGCGCGACGGCCUCGACGUCCGCGACAUCAUGGACGAGGGCUUCACGACGACGCGCGUCACGGACCCCAUGAACCCGCAUUACUUCAUGAACGGCAUGGAGACGUGCGACGACCCGAUCCGGACCAAGCCGCGCGCGCUGCCCAAGGCCAUCCCCGGGCCCUACCGCUCGCUCUACACGGACGACAUCCUGGGCGCCAAGAGCGGCUGGCGGCCGCCGCACGAGAUGCAGCCGCCGCCCGAGAAGCGGCGCCACUGGCGGCACACGAACUUCGUCGGCGACAUCGGCGGCGCCCAGGCGGACACGGUGCAGCACACCAUCCCGACGAAGCGGCGGACGAACCCGCUGAACCCGGCCUACCGAUCGCUCGACGGAGACAUCCUCCCGGACCCGACGAAGCCGGACUUUAGCCACAUCUACGACCACUUCCUCGGCCCCUCCCAGGGCUCGGCGCCGCCGUCGGCGCGCGGCGGCAGCGCGCCGCGGCAAGCGCCCGCGCCCGCCGUCAACCGCCUCGUCCUCAAAUCGUCGGACGGCCGGCCGCGCGCGACGCCGCGGUCGGGCCGCUCGGGCCCGGGCUCGGCGCGGUCCACGGGGAGGAGAGUGCUGGCCACGCCCCACGACCGGCGCGAAGCGCAGCAGGACGCCGCGGACCGGGCGGCGGUGGCGGCGCUGCACUGAGCGCGGCGUCCUCGUUUUCCUCCGGGUAAAUCUUUAAAUGGAAG